GAGGAGCAGCAGGCACAGAGGGAGAGGAAGCAGAGCAUGUACGAGAAGGAGGGAGAGGUGGGAAGGUAGAGGUAGGUAGACAGAGAUGCAGUACCACAGUGUGUGUUUCUCCGAGGCUGUCAGCAGCGCAACUCUUCAUCCUCUCGUCAGGGGCAGUGAUAUGUUAUGGAGCUCCGAUGCACAGAUUCUCUGCAGAGGCAGGGGAUGCAGAUAGAAGUUCACCUUGAGCUGGAGUCUAACAGUGCCACUCUAGACCUCUGGGAUUACAAGAAAUGCUCAUUGAUCACAACACCAAGAACAACAGAGAUUUAAUCGGAUCUGACAACCUGCCAAACCAAAAGUGGCUCCAGAAUCUUUAACUUUUGGAUUAUAGUCAGAUUUAUACCAGAACGUCUGACGGAGAGGCUCUAAACUGCCAAUCCAGAGCCAAAAAUCAAACAGGUACUUUCUUUGGCAGAAACUUGCCAGCUGUCUCUAGACCUGACAGCAAACAGAACCAAUACUGUGACAACCACUCUUCACACUGGAACCCCGCAAAGCCACGACCAAGCAGGUCCUGCAGCCCAGGGACCCUGGAGCUGGCCUGACCUUGGACCGGCUGUCACCGGAGCCCCUGCUGGCACCAGCAGAAACGUCCAGCAUGUCUCAGACCGGAGGACGGUUCCACAACAAAAAGGCUGGCAUCCGGGCCGCCGUGAUCCUCAUCGGGCUCCUGCACAAGUCUCGCAAAGCCAAGGAGAAGGAGAGAGAGAAGGAGAGAGAGAAGGAGGAGAGCGAAGGGAAACAGGAGCUGCUGAACAUUUCCAACGUCCCACUGGGAGAAUGUCCCCCCUCACCGCCCCGUACUGCACCGCCCAGCAUAAAGUCUGCAGAGUUCUUCGAUAUGCUGGAGAGGAUGCAGGUUCCUAAAGCUGAAGAGACCAAAAGAUGGAAGGAUGACUAUAUCCCCUACCCACGGAUAGAAGAUGUCCUUGAGAAAGGUGGUCCCUACCCCCAGGUAAUCCUGCCACAGUUCGGGGGUUACUGGAUUGAGGAUGUGGAGGCACCAGCAGGGACCCCCUCCUCCUCAGAGUCCAGUUUCUGUGAGGAGGAGGAAGGAGGAGAGGGCAUGAGCCCUGGUGGGGGGCACAGCUACCGCCUGGAGUGCAACAGCACAGCCCGUGCCUACCGCAAACACUUCCUUGGCAAGGAACACAUGAACUACUACUGCACGGGCAGCAGCAUAGGCCACCUCAUCAUGUCUUUGAAACACGAGGAGACUGAGGGACAGGAGUACCUACGCAUCAUGCUCAGGUCAAGGAUCAAAACAGUCCAUGACAGGAUCUCUUUAGCAGGCAUCAACCAGCUGCCCAGUGUACCCCAGAUUGCCAAGCUUCUGUGUGAUGAUGCCACAGGGCUGAAGUUCAACCCGGUCCUAUACCCUCGGGGAUCCCAGUUGAUAGUGGCUUAUGAUGAACAUGAGGUGAACAACACUUUCAAAUUUGGAGUUGUCUACCAGAAGUUUGGACAGACAUCAGAGGAAGAGCUGUUUGGGAACAAUGAGGAGACACCAGCUUUCAAGGAAUUUCUCAGUAUCCUGGGCGACAACAUUGAACUCCAGGACUUUAAAGGGUUCCGCGGUGGCCUGGAUGUGUCCCAUGGACAGACAGGGUCUGAAUCUGUCUACACUGUCUUCAGACAGAGAGAGAUUAUGUUCCAUGUGUCAACUAAACUUCCCUUCACUGAGGGAGACGUCCAGCAGCUCCAGAGGAAAAGGCACAUAGGAAAUGACAUCGUGGCCACAGUCUUCCAAGAAGAGGCCACACCGUUUGUUCCUGACAUGAUCGCCUCCAACUUCCUUCAUGCUUACGUCCUGGUGCAGGUUGAGAACCCCUGUACAGAGCACACAACAUACAAGGUGUCUGUUACAGCCAGGGAGGAUGUGCCUCCUUUUGGACCCCCUCUCCCGAACCCAGCUGUCUUCAGAAAGGGUCCUGAAUUUCGAGACUUCCUGCUGACAAAGCUGAUCAAUGCCGAAAACGCUUGCUACAAAUCUGACAAAUUCGCCAAACUAGAGGGGAGGACACGAGCCGCACUGCUCGACAACCUCCAUGACGAGCUGCACAGACAGAGCCAGGCCGCGCUGGGUCUGGGCCAGGCCGGGGAGGAGGACAAGCUGGAGAACGGGGGACACGGGGGUCUGUUAGAGUCCUUUAAGAGAGCCAUGCGUGUCAGGAGCCACUCCAUGGAGACCAUGGUGGGGUCCCACCGUCACAGGAGCCCCGGGGUAGGAGGUGGGGUCCCGGCGAGCGUGAGUGGAGGAGGACUGCCGCAAAGCACCAGCGAAUGCACGAAGAGCACCUUCACUGAGCCUAAUUCUGUAAUCUAUGAUCUUCAGCCUCCUGUGUUGUCAGCCAAGUCUCCUCUGAAGAGCCCAGUGAAACGGCGCUCAGGGCUCUUCCCUCGUCUCCACUCCAGCACAGACACCCCAUCGGACAAACACACACGCAGCGACCAAAAGCCUGCAGAGACCUGCUCACUGUCCCAGGAAGUGAGGUCAGAGACAUCAUCCAAUCCGAGCUCACCUGAAAUCUGCCCCAACAAAGAGAGGCCGUUUAUCAAGCUGAAAGAGUGCAGCAGCGGCAGACCGAACAUCUCCCGUUCUUCAUCCAGCACCAGCAGCUUCAGCAGCACCACAGGGGAAACAGAAGCUCUGGAAGAACUGGAGACAGCCAGCCAUCCCUCUAUAGCAUCCUCCUCUGCCUUCAGUCCUGCCCUUAGUGUCGACAGCCAGGGAUCAGGUACCCCUGUCAUCAUGUGCCGCAGUCCAACAGCAGAUGGUAAAAGUAAGACGUCACCGAGGUCAAACUUGAAGUUCCGCUUUGACAAAAUGAGCCAUUCAUCGACUGCUUCCGAGUAGCUUUGUGGAAUGGAAAUAACAGAAUUGCACAACAAAGGGACUGCACGGGCUGACGGAGCUGCAAAAAAAAAAAAAAACUAAAUCCCAACAUCAACCACAAACUCAUUGUAGAACCGCUUCCUUAAACCACGGAUAAUCUGACAAGAUUACCAACUGCACCAGAGUCCCCACACACUAUAAACCAACUGACAAUACUGUGAGUGUAUAGUGCGGAGAAGCAGCUGACAUGUUGGCUUUCUUUGUAACCAACCUUUAGCUACAUAAACGAGUCCAUACUUUGCCAAUGUUACAAGUUGCUGCAUCUCAGCUGUUAAUUGUUCACAUCACAUGGAAGUCCUAGCAUGGCUGUAAUACUGUGAGUGUAGGCCAAGCGCCACUCUGCCUCAGCUUUUCGUCAAACGUCUUGUUUAAUAGAGAGCCACGGUGAUCUAGAAGUAUGGUAACAUGAGACUAUGGCUGAACUGUUAUUUUUAUGUAGUCAACUGCAGAGUGCUCAGUGGAAAAAGAUGUCUUUAAGAAUCGUCAUGUUCCCUUUUGCCUUUGCCCUUGAAUGGUACGUCUGGGAACAGUUCCUCUUUGGCUUAAAGAGAGUAUGCAGACACACACAUGCACAGAAACAAUGUUAACUUACAGUAGCAAUGUUUUGGAGGUGACAACACUGGGAGUCUCAAUACUCCACUGUUAGGAUCUGAGCUUGUUCUUUGCAUAUAAAAAUGCUAUUCUAGGGAACAUGUUUCAUUUUGGAGAGGCUUUUGUAACUUUGCUAGAUACUGCAUUGUGUCUGCUGCACUAUAAACAACACCCAUCACAGCAUUUCUGUGUCUGCAAGGGUAACUUCAAAUCCCUGAACUCAAGUGCUUGGUUAGUGGAAUUCAGCUCAUAUAGGGCACAGUAGGAGACACUGCCAACACAUUUUGCCAUAAGCUUAUUUUAGCCAAAGCUGCGCCUUACAAUCUAUCAAACGCCCUGUUCACCACUGAUGCUCUCACUCACUUUCUCUCUCUCUCUCUCUCUGUCUGUCUCCUUCUGUCUCUCUCACUAUGUGAGAGGACAAGAAUCUUCUGGAUCUGGUUACAGCACAGUUGUGGGUAGCCAAUCAACACCCACAUUUGCUGAAAAUAGACGUUGCACUUACUGAAAACAUUUCACCUUCUGAUACGUCCAAUUUGCUAGCUUGGUGUAUCUGCGUUUAUGUUCGGCGGAACUUUCAACCAGGAAAGUCUCCAGGGUUUAAAGUUCCCCAGCAUGUGAGCUGAUGAAGAUGACUUGAAAAAGAGAAUUCAGGUUAAAUGAACCUUUGAACCACCUUUGGCAAAAACACUUUGAAUGUGAACUUGGAGCUUUUUUGUAUUUUUUGAUUUCACGCUUUGUUAGUUGUUACUACCUUCUAAGUAAAUUGCAAAGCCAGUUGCUUACAAGCACAACAGGACAAUAGGUCUACUCUAGUACACAACUAUACCAUAGCAUUAGCCUGCACAAACUAGAGUUAGCAGAGCAAAGUUGGAGCGUGCUAAUAAAGAAAAAGCUUGAAAGACACACAUAUGUGUUUUCCUACGGUAUGUGACCAAACAACCAAGCUGGUAGGUCUUUGGAAGAAUGUCUAUGUACUCUUACUGUGUAGAAAACCAUUCCUGUUCCUGCUGACAGGACGGCUUAAUAGUGUGUGUAGUUGUGUCAAAUAGAACUCAAAUCCCACAGGGUUUAAAAUGGUCAGCUCACCCAGAUCAUAGGUGAAUAGGUGACUUUUUAACUUGCCAGGAAUCUGUUGAAUUUCUUGAGAAGUACGCCUCUGAUAUAACUGGACUAGAACCAGAUGUGUGUUCAGUUCAGUUAGUGUACACCGGUGAUUACCUCGAGUAAGGGAAGCAGGGACAGAAAUCAUACAGAUGCGAGAAGUUCAGAUGUCGUUUAGUUUGUAGCAGGUAUCGCCUAAACGCCCUGCAGCCUUUUCUCUGUUAAUAUGCUUAAUUUAUUAAAAUGAUAACUUCUUUUGCAUUGAUGUCAUGUAAAAAUGUAACUGCAGAGUACGCUAAAUAAUAAGGUAAAAUGAUUAAAGGAAAUAUAUUAAUUUAAAAGAUGUCUAAACAUGUAUAUGUAUAUUUGGUUAUGUAACGUGCCAUUGAGAAUUUAUUCUAAAAUAAAAUGUUGUAUUUUGUGUCA